CUCCUUCAUUAUUAUUCGUCUAUAUUCCAGUCCAUUUUUUUAUUACGUCCGCUGAUUGGUCUUCAUGGAUGAGGGCCCGCCCUACCUCACGCCCGGCUUAGAGGACAGCGGGGAAGGCGGGUGGUGGGGACGGGGACUUGAAACGGUGGUAAAGGCGCUGGCGGCGGCAGCUGAGGCGUUGGCCGAAGCCGCGCGACCCUCAGGGCGAGAUGCUGGGAACGGGCCCUGCCGCUGCCACCACAGCUGCCUCCACCUCUAGCAACGUGAGUGUCCUGCAGCAGUUCGCCAGCGGUCUGAAGAGCCGGAGUGAGGAGACCAGGGCCAAAGCGGCCAAGGAGCUCCAGCACUAUGUCACCAUGGAGCUUCGAGAGAUGAGUCAAGAGGAGUCUACUCGAUUCUAUGAUCAGCUGAACCAUCACAUUUUUGAAUUGGUUUCUAGCUCGGAUGCCAACGAGAGGAAAGGUGGCAUCUUGGCCAUUGCCAGCCUCAUAGGAGUGGAAGGUGGAAAUGCCACACGGAUCGGCAGGUUUGCCAACUACCUUCGGAACCUCCUGCCCUCCAGUGACCCAGUUGUCAUGGAAAUGGCCUCCAAGGCCAUCGGCCGUCUUGCCAUGGCAGGGGACACUUUCACUGCCGAGUACGUGGAGUUUGAGGUGAAGCGAGCCCUGGAGUGGCUGGGUGCUGACCGCAACGAAGGCCGGAGACAUGCAGCUGUCCUGGUCCUCCGUGAGCUGGCCAUCAGUGUCCCCACCUUCUUCUUCCAGCAAGUGCAACCCUUCUUUGACAACAUUUUUGUGGCCGUAUGGGACCCCAAGCAGGCCAUCCGUGAGGGAGCCGUGGCCGCCCUCCGUGCCUGUCUGAUUCUCACCACCCAGCGAGAGCCGAAGGAGAUGCAGAAGCCCCAGUGGUAUCGGCACACAUUUGAAGAAGCAGAGAAAGGGUUUGAUGAGACCUUGGCCAAAGAGAAGGGCAUGAAUCGGGACGAUCGGAUCCACGGUGCCUUGCUGAUCCUCAAUGAGCUGGUCCGGAUCAGCAGCAUGGAGGGGGAGCGUCUGAGAGAAGAAAUGGAAGAAAUCACACAGCAGCAGCUAGUGCACGAUAAGUACUGCAAAGAUCUCAUGGGCUUUGGGACGAAACCCCGCCACAUUACCCCCUUCACCAGUUUCCAGGCCGUGCAGCCCCAGCAGUCCAACGCCUUGGUGGGGCUGCUGGGGUAUAGUUCUCACCAGGGCCUCAUGGGGUUCGGGGCUUCCCCCAGCCCAGCCAAGCCCACCCUGGUGGAGAGCCGGUGUUGCAGAGACCUGAUGGAGGAGAAGUUUGACCAGGUGUGCCAGUGGGUGCUGAAAUGCAGGAAUAGCAAGAACUCGCUGAUCCAAAUGACAAUCCUUAAUCUGUUGCCCCGCUUGGCUGCAUUCCGACCUUCUGCCUUUACAGAUACCCAGUACCUUCAAGAUACCAUGAACCAUGUCCUGAGCUGUGUCAAGAAGGAAAAGGAACGUACAGCAGCCUUCCAAGCCCUGGGAUUACUGUCUGUGGCUGUGAGGUCAGAGUUUAAGGUCUACCUGCCUCGUGUGCUGGACAUCAUCCGAGCAGCCCUGCCCCCUAAGGACUUCGCACACAAGAGGCAGAAAGCAAUGCAGGUGGAUGCCACAGUGUUCACAUGCAUCAGCAUGCUGGCCCGAGCAAUGGGGCCGGGCAUCCAGCAGGACAUCAAGGAGCUGCUGGAGCCCAUGCUGGCAGUGGGACUGAGCCCCGCCCUCACUGCCGUGCUCUAUGACCUGAGCCGCCAGAUUCCGCAGCUGAAAAAGGACAUCCAGGAUGGGCUCCUGAAGAUGCUAUCCCUGGUCCUUAUGCACAAACCCCUCCGGCACCCAGGCAUGCCCAAGGGCCUGGCCCACCAGCUGGCCUCCCCUGGCCUCGCCACCCUCCCUGAGGCCAGCGAUGUGGGCAGUAUCACUCUUGCCCUCCGAACCCUUGGCAGCUUUGAAUUUGAAGGCCACUCCCUGACCCAGUUUGUCCGCCACUGUGCGGAUCAUUUCCUGAACAGCGAGCACAAGGAGAUCCGCAUGGAAGCUGCUCGGACGUGCUCUCGCCUGCUCACUCCUUCCAUCCACCUCAUCAGCGGCCAUGCUCACGUGGUUAGCCAGACCGCAGUGCAAGUGGUGGCCGAUGUGCUCAGCAAACUGCUCGUGGUUGGGAUCACCGAUCCUGACCCCGACAUCCGCUACUGUGUCUUGGCAUCCCUGGAUGAGCGCUUUGAUGCACACCUGGCCCAGGCAGAGAAUUUGCAGGCCCUGUUUGUGGCCCUGAACGACCAGGUGUUUGAGAUCCGGGAGCUGGCCAUCUGCACCGUGGGCCGCCUCAGCAGCAUGAACCCGGCAUUCGUCAUGCCGUUCUUGCGCAAGAUGCUCAUCCAGAUUUUGACAGAGCUGGAGCACAGUGGCAUUGGGAGAAUCAAGGAGCAGAGUGCCCGCAUGCUGGGGCACCUGGUCUCCAAUGCCCCCCGGCUCAUCCGCCCCUACAUGGAGCCUAUUCUGAAGGCUUUAAUUUUGAAACUGAAAGACCCAGACCCUGAUCCAAACCCAGGCGUGAUCAAUAAUGUCUUGGCCACAAUAGGAGAAUUGGCUCAGGUUAGUGGCCUUGAAAUGAGGAAGUGGGUGGAUGAACUUUUCAUUAUCAUCAUGGACAUGCUCCAGGAUUCCUCUCUGUUGGCCAAAAGGCAGGUGGCUCUGUGGACGUUGGGGCAACUGGUGGCCAGCACUGGCUAUGUGGUAGAGCCCUACAGGAAGUACCCAACCUUGCUUGAGGUGCUGCUGAAUUUUCUGAAGACUGAGCAGAACCAGGGCACACGGAGAGAGGCUAUCCGUGUGUUAGGGCUCUUGGGGGCUUUGGAUCCCUACAAGCACAAAGUGAACAUUGGCAUGAUUGACCAGUCCCGGGACGCUUCUGCUGUCAGCCUGUCUGAAUCCAAGUCAAGUCAGGAUUCCUCUGACUACAGCACCAGUGAAAUGCUGGUCAACAUGGGAAACCUGCCCCUGGAUGAAUUCUACCCGGCUGUGUCCAUGGUGGCCCUGAUGCGGAUCUUCCGAGACCAGUCCCUCUCUCACCAUCACACCAUGGUUGUCCAGGCCAUCACCUUCAUCUUCAAGUCCCUGGGGCUCAAGUGUGUGCAGUUCCUGCCCCAGGUCAUGCCUACAUUCCUUAAUGUCAUCCGGGUCUGUGACGGGGCCAUCCGGGAAUUUCUGUUCCAGCAGCUGGGAAUGUUGGUAUCCUUUGUGAAGAGCCACAUUAGGCCUUACAUGGAUGAAAUCGUCACCCUCAUGCGUGAAUUCUGGGUCAUGAACACCUCGAUCCAGAGCACAAUCAUUCUUCUCAUUGAGCAAAUUGUGGUAGCUCUUGGGGGUGAGUUUAAGCUGUACCUGCCCCAGCUGAUCCCACACAUGCUGCGGGUCUUCAUGCACGACAACAGCCCGGGCCGCAGUGUCUCUAUCAAGCUGUUGGCGGCAAUCCAGCUGUUUGGUGCCAACCUGGACGACUACCUGCAUUUGUUGUUGCCUCCAAUCGUGAAGCUGUUCGACGCCCCUGAAGUCCCACUCCCAUCUCGAAAGGCAGCGUUGGAGACAGUGGACCGCUUGACUGAGUCCCUGGAUUUCACAGACUACGCCUCCCGGAUCAUUCACCCAAUUGUUCGAACCCUGGACCAGAGCCCAGAGCUGCGUUCCACAGCCAUGGACACCUUGUCUUCACUUGUCUUUCAGCUGGGGAAGAAGUACCAAAUUUUCAUUCCAAUGGUGAACAAAGUUCUAGUGCGACACCGAAUCAACCAUCAGCGCUAUGAUGUGCUCAUCUGCAGAAUUGUCAAGGGAUACACCCUUGCAGAUGAAGAGGAGGACCCCUUGAUUUACCAGCACCGGAUGCAGAGGAGUGGCCAAGGAGAUGCACUGGCCAGUGGGCCAGUAGAAACAGGACCCAUGAAGAAACUGCAUGUCAGCACCAUCAACCUCCAAAAGGCCUGGGGAGCCGCCAGAAGGGUCUCCAAAGAUGAUUGGCUGGAAUGGCUGAGACGGCUGAGCCUGGAGCUGCUGAAGGACUCCUCGUCCCCCUCCCUGCGCUCGUGCUGGGCCCUUGCACAGGCCUACAACCCAAUGGCCAGGGAUCUCUUCAAUGCUGCAUUUGUGUCCUGCUGGUCGGAACUGAAUGAAGACCAGCAGGAUGAGCUCAUCAGAAGCAUCGAAUUGGCCCUCACCUCUCAAGAUAUUGCUGAAGUCACGCAAACCCUGUUAAACUUGGCUGAAUUCAUGGAACACAGUGACAAGGGGCCCUUGCCAUUGAGAGAUGACAAUGGCAUUGUCCUGCUGGGUGAGAGAGCUGCCAAGUGCCGAGCAUAUGCCAAAGCACUGCACUACAAAGAACUGGAGUUCCAGAAAGGUCCCACCCCCGCCAUCCUCGAGUCCCUCAUCAGCAUUAAUAAUAAGCUACAGCAGCCCGAGGCUGCCGCCGGGGUGUUAGAAUAUGCCAUGAAACACUUUGGAGAGCUGGAGAUCCAGGCCACGUGGUAUGAGAAACUGCACGAGUGGGAGGAUGCUCUUGUAGCCUAUGACAAGAAGAUGGACACCAACAAGGAUGACCCGGAGCUGGUGCUGGGCCGCAUGCGCUGCCUGGAAGCCUUGGGGGAAUGGGGGCAGCUCCACCAGCAGUGCUGUGAAAAGUGGACGCUGGUGAAUGAUGAGACCCAAGCCAAGAUGGCCAGGAUGGCUGCCGCAGCUGCGUGGGGCUUGGGUCAGUGGGACAGCAUGGAAGAGUACACCUGUAUGAUACCUCGGGACACCCACGAUGGGGCGUUUUACAGAGCCGUGCUGGCGCUGCAUCAGGACCUCUUCUCCUUGGCACAGCAGUGCAUCGACAAGGCCAGGGACCUGCUGGAUGCUGAGCUAACUGCCAUGGCAGGAGAGAGCUACAGUCGGGCAUAUGGGGCCAUGGUUUCUUGCCAUAUGCUCUCCGAACUGGAGGAGGUUAUCCAGUACAAACUUGUCCCUGAGCGACGAGAGAUCAUUCGCCAGAUCUGGUGGGAGAGACUGCAGGGCUGCCAGCGGAUCGUGGAGGACUGGCAGAAAAUCCUGAUGGUGCGGUCCCUUGUGGUCAAUCCUCAUGAGGACAUGAGGACCUGGCUCAAGUACGCAAGCCUGUGUGGCAAGAGCGGCAGGCUGGCUCUUGCUCACAAAACCUUAGUGUUGCUCCUGGGUGUUGAUCCAUCUCGGCAACUUGACCAUCCUCUGCCCACAGUUCACCCUCAGGUGACCUAUGCCUACAUGAAAAACAUGUGGAAGAGCGCGCGCAAGAUCGACGCUUUCCAGCACAUGCAGCACUUUGUCCAGACGGUGCAGCAGCAGGCCCAGCACGCCGUUGCCACUGAGGACCAGCAGCACAAGCAAGAGCUGCACAAGCUCAUGGCCCGGUGUUUCCUGAAACUUGGGGAGUGGCAGCUAAACCUCCAGGGCAUCAAUGAGAGCACCAUCCCCAAAGUGCUGCAGUACUACAGUGCCGCCACAGAGCAUGACCGCAGCUGGUACAAGGCCUGGCAUGCGUGGGCAGUGAUGAAUUUUGAAGCUGUGCUACACUACAAACACCAAAAUCAAGCCCGCGAUGAGAAGAAGAAGCUGCGUCAUGCUAGCGGGGCCAACAUCACCAAUGCCACCACUGCUGCCACCACUGCUGCCACUGCCACCACCACCGCCACCGCCAGCACAGAGGGCAGCAACAGUGAGAGUGAAGCUGAGAGCACGGAGCACAGCCCCACUCCGUCACCUGUGCAGAAGAAGGUCACUGAGGACUUGUCCAAAACCCUCCUGAUGUACACUGUCCCUGCCGUCCAGGGCUUCUUCCGUUCUAUCUCCUUGUCUCGUGGCAACAACCUCCAGGAUACACUCAGAGUCCUUACCUUAUGGUUUGAUUAUGGUCACUGGCCGGAUGUCAACGAAGCCUUAGUGGAAGGGGUGAAAGCAAUCCAGAUCGAUACGUGGUUACAGGUUAUACCUCAGCUCAUUGCAAGAAUAGAUACACCCAGGCCCUUGGUGGGGCGGCUCAUUCACCAGCUUCUCACAGACAUUGGUCGGUACCACCCCCAGGCCCUCAUCUACCCCCUGACGGUGGCUUCCAAGUCUACCACAACGGCCCGCCACAACGCAGCCAACAAGAUUCUGAAGAACAUGUGUGAGCAUAGUAACACCCUGGUCCAGCAGGCCAUGAUGGUGAGCGAGGAGCUGAUCCGCGUGGCCAUCCUCUGGCAUGAGAUGUGGCACGAAGGCCUGGAAGAGGCGUCUCGUUUGUACUUCGGGGAGAGGAAUGUGAAAGGCAUGUUUGAGGUGCUGGAGCCUCUGCAUGCGAUGAUGGAACGGGGCCCCCAGACCCUGAAGGAGACGUCCUUUAACCAGGCAUAUGGCCGAGAUUUGAUGGAGGCCCAGGAGUGGUGCCGGAAGUACAUGAAAUCAGGGAAUGUCAAGGACCUCACCCAAGCCUGGGACCUCUACUACCAUGUGUUCAGACGGAUCUCAAAGCAGCUGCCCCAGCUCACAUCCUUAGAGCUGCAGUAUGUUUCCCCUAAACUUCUGAUGUGCCGGGACCUUGAAUUGGCUGUGCCGGGAACGUAUGACCCCAACCAGCCAAUCAUUCGCAUUCAGUCCAUCGCCCCAUCUUUGCAAGUCAUCACAUCCAAGCAGAGGCCCCGGAAGUUGACCCUCAUGGGCAGCAAUGGGCAUGAGUUUGUCUUCCUCCUGAAAGGCCAUGAAGACCUGCGGCAGGAUGAGCGAGUGAUGCAGCUCUUCGGCCUGGUCAACACCCUCCUGGCCAACGACCCAACAUCCCUCCGCAAAAACCUCAGCAUCCAGAGAUAUGCCGUCAUCCCUCUGUCGACCAACUCGGGCCUCAUUGGCUGGGUGCCCCACUGUGACACGCUGCAUGCACUCAUCCGGGACUACAGGGAGAAGAAGAAGAUCCUCCUCAACAUUGAGCACCGCAUCAUGCUGCGAAUGGCUCCAGACUAUGACCACCUGACUCUGAUGCAGAAGGUGGAGGUGUUUGAGCAUGCUGUCAACAACACAGCGGGGGACGACCUGGCCAAGCUGCUGUGGCUGAAGAGCCCCAGCUCGGAGGUGUGGUUUGACCGAAGAACCAAUUAUACCCGCUCGUUAGCAGUCAUGUCGAUGGUUGGCUAUAUUUUGGGCCUGGGGGAUAGGCACCCAUCCAACCUGAUGCUGGACCGGCUCAGUGGGAAGAUCCUGCACAUCGACUUCGGGGACUGCUUUGAGGUUGCUAUGACCCGAGAGAAGUUUCCAGAGAAGAUUCCAUUUAGACUAACAAGAAUGUUGACCAAUGCUAUGGAGGUAACAGGUCUGGAUGGAAACUACAGAAUCACCUGCCACACAGUGAUGGAAGUGCUUCGGGAACACAAGGACAGCGUCAUGGCCGUGCUGGAAGCCUUCGUCUAUGACCCCUUGCUGAACUGGAGACUGAUGGACACAAAUACCAAAGGCAACAAGAGGUCCCGGACGAGGACAGAUUCCUACUCUGCAGGCCAGUCAGUAGAAAUUUUGGAUGGUGUGGAACUUGGGGAACCAGCCCAUAAAAAAGCAGGGACCACGGUGCCAGAAUCUAUUCACUCGUUCAUUGGAGACGGUUUGGUGAAACCAGAAGCCCUAAACAAGAAGGCUAUUCAGAUCAUUAACAGGGUGCGAGAUAAGCUCACCGGGCGGGACUUCUCCCACGACGAUACCCUGGAUGUUCCAACGCAAGUUGAGCUGCUCAUCAAACAAGCAACAUCCCAUGAGAACCUCUGCCAGUGCUACAUUGGCUGGUGUCCCUUCUGGUAAUGGCAGCCCUGGCACGUCACGGCAUCUCCUCAGGGCCUUGGUCUGUCCUUCCACUAAAAUGAAACCAUGGUCAGAAUGUUCAACUCUGUUAAAUAUUUUGAAAUGUAAAUGAAAAGAACUACUGUAUAUUGAAAGUUGGCUUGAACCAACUUUCUAGCUGCUGUUGAAGAAGAUACUGUCAUAAACACAGGCUUGAUUUGGCUCCCAGGACCGUGAAACACUUUCACACCACAUAGAUCAGGCCGUUCGGAACAGGAGCUCCAUAACUAGAGAUACGGGUUUUGACUUCACAGAGCUCUUGGUGAGCAUCUGCCAGCAGAAGAAUACCCAGGUCGCUCCUCUCAGUGCUCGGUGUGGGGACAGCAGACAGCACAGUCAGAGAGCUGGGGCAGAGGAGGACUCCAUCAGGAUCCCGGACCGGAAAGAAGCGGAAGAAGCUGAUGUCACCGCCCACCCAUCCUGUUACCUCACUGGUCCCCCGGCAGCAGUGGCAGCAUUUGCAGGAUGGACCAAGAUAGGCGGUGAAGAUCUGUUGUUACCUGACCCAGUCAUGCUGGGACUCACAGGUCAACCCAAGCCCUGGACUGCCAGGAGGGAGCUGGUUCAGAUGCCAGGAGGCCCUGGCCAACACGGACACUGAGGGAAUGUGGCACAGUGUCCCAGCGAGGUCUGAGCCCUCUGUGUUUAGAGCAGGGGCUCCGCACACAACUGCCCUCCCGGAGGUGCUGAACACAGAGCGACAGGUUAGGACACAUUGGGAAUUAUGAGCAAAUAAAUACCCAGCUAAAUGCACAAGUAUAAAGUGUAGCCCGUCUAGACACCAUGUUGUAUCUGAAUAAUUUUUGUGCCAAUAAAUGACAUCAAAAUUUUAAAAA